UUUUUUAUUGAAAUUUUAAAGAUGGAAACUUGUUUCGGAAGCUCCCCUAGUCACAGAAAGUUGGGAUUAAUAUGACUCGAGAGUAUCAUGACUAUUCCUUAUGUAAUAUUAUUAUUACUCGGCAGAAGUUUGACUUUUGACCUCACUGACAAAGCAAUGAUUUAUGUUUACAAUGGAGCCAACAUCAUAUAAUGCUUAUAACCCAACUAUCUUUCACCCUCCUCUAUUGGCUAAACACUAGCACAACUUCCCCUCAUUCCCCUCCAAUCUCUGAAUACAUCCCUCUCCAGGACCAAACUCAAAAUCUCCAAAAUCCACUUAUAACAGGCCAAAACAGAGGUUUAGAGAGGUAUGCAGGCAAGUUCUGGAGAGGGUCACUGUUUGACUGGAUUUUAUACAGGUUCAUGCAUACUUUUGUUAUUGUAUGAAUGUGGGUUGUGAUUUUUAUGUCAGGAUAUCACUGAUUUGUAGGAUGUGCUUUCUUUGUAGCUGAAGUAGCCCUGUUUGUGUUUACAACGUUUGAGUGGUUUACGUUGGUUGAGACAUCUUUGGAAAGAGACAAUGAUUUUUUUAGAAGAAUUUAG